AUGAGAUCGGCAACGGCGCACGUCCAAUUAACUUUCAUCGUUCAGACCAAAGAUCGGCUUUCCGAUGGCGACCAUCUUUGCAGAGUCAACUCUCAUGUUGCGAACUACUCGCACAGGAGACGAAGAUUAGACCCGAAAGACGCGAGGCAAACAGAUCGCGCUCGAAAAUGCCGCUCUGUUCGUCUUGAUGAACGCGAGACCCUUCACUCCCGACCAGGAGCUUUGUCUCACCUGGGACAAGGGGCCGGAGAUCCUUUCAAUUCGCUUCCUGUCACUGUCAAUCCUACGAUCAACUAUGUCAUUUCGUUCAACCGUCUGGCUCUCACUCCGUCGCCGGUCAAUUCUCAAUUCGAAAUGCAAAGAGCUCGGAAGUGGACCAAUCAGUAUGAUCACGAUACCAGAAGUGCUUUGCAGGAUGAGAUUCUGGCCUACGCUCAUCUCAACCGCCUCAUAGCCGUGGUGGCGUUCGUCACUACCGGAGAGCCGUUCCAGCGAUUAGCAUUGAUCUACAAGAAUCAGACUAUGUCCAAGCUGCAAAAUUUGAUCAGGGCGCAUAAGGUUGAGACCACGGAGCCGGUAUGUGACCUCAUCGCCUCACUAUAUACAGCUGAGAUUGCGGCGCAUAAUUUUGAAGCCGCCGCAGUGCACGGAAGAAUGCUGCGCUAUAUGUUGCAACCUGGUCGACCGGUCGACAUAAGCGAGCGACUCGCACGUUUCAUCUUGUGGCAAGACGUCCACAGAGCGAGCAUGACGCUGACGCCUACCUUCUUGGACCUCUGCCAGUACGCACAGAACUAUCUUCCUCGUAUCCCGAACACGCCUGUAUCCUGGGGAGAUCUAAUGCCUUCCCGACGCAAUCCUAUCCCCUGUGUCAUUGACGGAGCAAUGCAGUGUGCAGUCUUACGAGGGAUCUUCAAAGAAACAAGGCUCUACUACUCGGUGUCAAGUAUUCUCAUCGAAGACAAUCUGCCGGCCGAGGAACUCUUGUUCACCAUGUCCAUCCGCCACGGCAUCAUGCAGGGUCAUCUCGUGAAUAAUUACGUCCGGUGCGCCGCCAAUAUCCAAACCUUCGGCGUUGAACGGGAUCCCUUCUCGUUCCUCCACUGCAAGGCAUGGGCUACCCUGGCGACGUUGCUCUGGAUUCGAUUUGCGGGAUACUACGAGAUGCAGAUACCUCCCCGACCACCCCUGUCCCAGAGCAGGAGGAUUGUUGCCGUAAACGUACCGGAAGUCAUUUCCGUAUCUCCUUCUAGCCGAGACGCCAUGUAUUCCUCCGCACCAGUCAUAAUUAUGGCUCUCCGUCGUCACUUGGAAGACAGCAAGGCAAGCACUCUCGCUAUCAUGGAGACUCCUCUGAUACGCGCCCGCCUUUGGGCCAUCUUCGUUGGAGCCGUUGCGGAACAGGCUCAAGAGGGGUUCGACGGAUCCCAGUUCGGCGGCAAAGGGAAUUGGCAUAAUCUUGAAUUGACUGAGCUAGCUUUCCUCAUGGGAUUGAGCACCUGGAGCGAAGUUAGGCUCACCCUUGAGGGGUUCCUCUAUUUGCCCAAUGUUGGUCUGGCUGCCGCCGAGUGGUUUGAAUGGUUUGCUGAACGGAUGACUCUUGGAGUUUAG